CCAAACUGUUCUGCGAGAGCCAUAUUUAUGUCUUGCGAAGGCAAUGAUCGUGUGGCACCACCACAACUCAAUUUCACUCUCAAAACAGAGAGUGACUUUAAUAACAAACGGUAUGACUGGUCAAAUGCCGAGAUUCAGUCGCAACUACCGACAGACAUUCUGCUAAUAACAGAAAAUGAUCACGCGUCGAAUGCUUGUUAUUCAUAUAUGAAACCUGAUCGACGAGGUGAUUGUUUUGAAAAGCUACAUAGAUGUGUAGAUUUUGGUCAAUUUGGCGUGAACGGUGAUCAGAAAGUAGCAUUAAUGAAAUGUGAACUGGGAUCGAAUAAGGAGGAUUUCUCAGCUGUGACAAAUGCUGCUGAAAUUUUAAAGCCAAAAGUAGUCCUUUUUGUCGGGAUCUGUGCAAGCAUGAAAACGGAGAAGGUAAAACUUGGCGACGUUAUCGUUUCCGCAAAGUUAGGGACUAAUGAUAGAAAAGUCAUGCCAGAUGGCACAGUGUACUAUAGCGGUGCAAAAGUGAGUGAAAACAUGGCUCGUCUUAUUCUAAGUGCAGCUGAUGGUUGGAAACCACCGUUAAAAGACCCAAGUAGUUUAAACGUCGAGGUUCAUCGUGACGCUGUAAUGUUAAGUGGCUCAAAUGAAGUCGACAAUCGUAAAAGACGACAGGAUUUAGUAUCUUAUUGCCAAGAGGCACUUGGUCUUGAAAUGGAGAGUGCAGGUAUUGAAGAAAUAUAACAGCAGACAGCCUGUUAAAAUCGAAUUAAAUAAAAUUUAAAGGGAGUGGUCAUUAUUUAGGGGCCAUUCACAAAGGAUGUCCGGGGGGAGGGGUUGGAAAAUCAGGACAAACUCGGACAUAGGCG